GGCGGCUCGAAAGUUGAAGAAUUUUGUGAAGGGCAUGACGAAGGGCUCUUCUUCUUCAGGAAGAAGCAAAGCACAGGAGUGUCUGUUCCAGGGUACCGAGUCGCUCUCGAGCAACAGACGACAGGCUUUGAUGGAACAUCUUCCACCUGAUAUGCAUGGACAGGAUGUUAACGAGACUCGAGAGGAGGAGGCGAGGGGUGAGGAUGCGGCCGAUUACGAUGCGGCCGAUGCAGACUAUGAGCAGGAAGAUGAUGCUGGAGGUGGAGGUGGAGAUGGGUGGUCUUCCGGUGGUGGUCAGUUUGAGGGUGGAUGGUCAACAGGCGGAUGGGACUCAUGGCCUAGCAGUGAUGCUGGAGCUUCUAGUGGUGGAGGGUCUUCUCGGGCACGGAAGUCGAGGAAAACACAUUGGGUGCCUCCUCCUAAAGUUCCUGCUCGUGAGGAGGAUAAGAUUUUGAUCGUACCGUGUGGCGACGAGUCUUGGAUUGAUGCAUCUUUUCAAGGUCAAGGACGUCGCACACAGGUGAAUAAAGUUUUGGGAAGUAUAUGCAAAUAUCUCUGGCCUGGUGUAGUGAUGGAGAAAGGCGUUGAGGUGCCUUGUAUGUCUUGGGAUCAGUACGGGCUCGCGUUCAAUGCAGAACAUAGGAAUGCCCAAGGUGCUGUGUGGCAUGAGUUCUGGAAACGUUACAAGUUGCCUGAAGAUGGAAGUAUGAACGAUCGUGCACGGAUCGUUUUUAACAAGAGCGCGACUACCUUGGUUAGGGAUCAGAUGUAUUAUGCUCGGAUCCAGGUCACUUCUGAUUACAUAUUAAGGCAGGAAGGACGUCGGCCACGUUCCAAAAGUGAGGCAUCAAACAAAUACUUAACCGAAGAAGAAUAUCUUGAGUUUUCAGACUCGGUGCCAUGGAUGGCAUCAAAUGAGGCUGGUUGGCGGGCUGUAUGCAAAUAUUGGGCAACAGAUGGAUUUAAAGGUGUUUCAUUGAGAAACAGCUCAAAUCGUGGGCAUGAUGUUCACCACAGAUAUGGUGGUGAUGGCCACGUUCGUUUGGCAAAGCGCAUGGAAGCUAGUUCUGGUGUUACGCCGAGUGAUGUUCAGGUUUACCUUAGAGGUCACAGGGGGUCGGAUCCUACAAAUCCAGAACAGUUGUGUUCUCAGUCAGCUGCUGAGCGUGUGGCCUCAUAUGGUGCUUCCAUGAUGUCGGAGCAUGGGCAAGACUAUGAUUGGAUGAAUCAGCCUAUCGAUCCUCAGGUUGUGUAUGCUAGUGGAGGCGGAAAACCUCAUGGACGGUGAGUUUGCUAUUAUGAA